UUAACCCGUAAUAAGGCUAGGGUGGCUGAGUGUAAAUACAUGGCUCUGAGUGUAAGCACCUUUUCACUAGAAACGUUAUUGUGUUCAAAUUACCGUCAGUGCGAAAUAGCUAGAAACCUUUCGUAUUUCCACUUGGCUGCACCUACUGUUACGAUAACGAUAAAUCAAGUGCAAUACCUGCGUCGACCUGUGUCGAGCAGCAAAACACCGGAAAGCUUCUAGCCUACCGGAAAGUUACAAGAAGAACAAGAAUAGUUACCUCAUCCGGUCAUGUCACACUUGUUGUUAAUAGAUUUUUCUCCCACACCAGAUGUCUGGACCCUGGACAGAUAACAGAAGAAGGAGAGAGGGACCCUAGGAGGUACGUAAAGGAGUUGAUGAAAUCCUGUUAAGACAGACAAUCAGGUGAGAGGUCCUAACUAGUCAAUGAUCUAAAUUUAUCAAAACUUGUAGACACUGUAGCCUUUAAGGACUGGAGUUGCACACAUGCCAUAGAACAACAUGAACAAGGAAGUGACAGACUAAUAGUGCAUUGUUGGUAAAUGGUGACGACUGACUGAUCUGCAAGUAAUAAAUAUGUAUUUGUUAUGCAAAGUGAUUUGUAGAUCAGUCAGUCUGUGUGGAGGAGGAUGAAGACCUUUAGUGACGUGCAGGACAUAGUAAAACACACACGCUAGCAAUGACAUGCAGCUUUUCUCAUAGACGGGGGAGGUUACUAUGUGAAGGAAUGUGUUAGGAUUGGAAGUUUUCUCUUUAUGUUUCUUAUGAGAUGGUAUGGGCUCUGAGGACCCCCAAGACCAACUGGAUGAGGCUAUUAAAAUGGCAGAACGCCUUGCUGAGGAGCUCAACCGAGAGAAGGACCCACAAGCCCAACUGGACGAGGCCAUUAAUGAGGAAAAAAGACUGGCUGAGGAGCUCAACCCAGAGAAGGACCCACAAGCCCAACUGGAGGAGGCCAUUAAAGAGGCAAAAAGACUGGCUGAGGAGCUCAACCCAGAGAAGGACCCACAAGCCCAACUGGACGAGGCCAUUAAAGAGGCAAAAAGACUGACUGAGGAGCUCAACCGAGAGAAGGACCCACAAGCCCAACUGGACGAGGCCAUUAAUGAGGAAAAAAGACUGGCUGAGGAGCUCAACCCAGAGAAGGACCCACAAGCCCAACUGGAGGAGGCCAUUAAAGAGGCAAAAAGACUGGCUGAGGAGCUCAACCCAGAGAAGGACCCACAAGCCCAACUGGACGAGGCCAUUAAAGAGGCAAAAAGACUGACUGAGGAGCUCAACCGAGAGAAGGACCCACAAGCCCAACUGGACGAGGCCAUUAAAGAGGCAAAAAGACUGGCUGAGAAGCUCAACCGAGAGAAGGACCCACAAGCCCAACUGGACGAGGCAAAAAGGCUGGCUGAGGAGCUCAACCCAGAACGGGAAAAUAAGAAGAAAAAGACAAACAAGCCUCCAGGGAUUAGGUUCAGAUGGAUACAAAGGGAUGUGAGAGGACAGAUUGUUCCUCAAACCAGGAAGGCAACUACAUCCACUUCUUUUGCUCCAAGGGCAAGUACAUCAAGAGCCAGACUAGUGCAACAUUUAGGGCCAGUCACUGAGGAAGAAUCAGAGACGAGUACCAGUGGAUUGGAAUCCACUCCAGUUUUAAACAUUGAUGAAGAAAUAUAUUGUUUCUUACCAUUGGAUGUACCAGAGGUGAUAUGUGGUUGCCUGACAAGCACCAUCCAUGUUGGCCCUGGGAAACAUAUCAUCCUCGUAGGAAUAAAUGGUUGCUACAAUGUCACAGUGCCUGUGCUUACCUGCACAACUUGUCUUAGCACCUGGACAGCAAACUUGGCAGAUCUGAUAAAGAAUGGGUACUGGCCUGCCACUGUCAACUGUGACACCAUAUACCAGGUAGAUCUGUUCAGCUCUUUUGAGGAGCUGAAAGUGUCAGCCCCAGGAAUGUCCCGUCUGGCGUUUAUGCGGAUUUUGGAGCAGCGAACUGACUACUUUGGCAGGAACGGAAUGAUAUGUGGGGACACUUUUCAAAAAAGCUUCUUUGAGUGGACGUACUGCCGCUCUGAAAUUGAUCAGGUCUGUGAUAUACAGUACUUUGACUGCCCAGCCUGUUCACCCAGCAUGCUUGCAGUGUCAGUGGACGGGAACAAGAAGCUGUAUCGAUUCAAAAAAGGGACUGAUGACAAAGGAUUCUUUGAUGGCUUAUUUAUCUGCAAGGAUGAGGAUGUGUCUGACUUUGUCAACUAUGUCCAUACAAAGACUAAACAUGGUUAUGGAAAAGGGGUAUGUGGAGCAUCCCAGUGGACAGCAGCUAAAGAGUCGUCAAGGAAAACAAACAACAAACUUGAUGAAGAGGGACUGGAAGUUGCCGUCUGCCGCCACGGAAUACUUCUAAGGAGCCUCAACAUGAUGCGUGGAGAGAUAUUUGCGUACCCACUGUUCUUGCAGAAGGAAUUGUCUGGCAGCAGGAACAUACAAUUCAUGUGUACGGAUGUGAUCUGCAAAUUUUGGCCAUACCUGACCAAAGUUGCCCUUCAUUGUCCAGAACUCGCCACUCUUCUAGACAUGAAGCCACAUGGAGCAACCCUGGAGAAGACCCUGGAGAAGACCCUGUCACUGAAACUCUGGAGCUUGGACCUGGGGAUGACAAGGUGGCCAACUGUGGUUGAGGGGAGAGAGCAUGAGGGCUGAUAGGAGAGAAGGUCAGAGAGGAUGGGGGUAGCAAGGUGGGGGGAGAUGUUUUUAGGUCAGGAGGAUCUUGUAAUUAAUGCGGUGGGAGACAGGGAGCCAGCGGAGUUCACAGAGGAUGCGGGUGAUAUGCUGCCAGGAUGAUUUAGUGGGUUAGAAGAUGGGCUGCCAGGAUGAUUUAGUGGGUUAGAAGAUGGGCUGCCAGGAUGAUUUAGUGGGUUAGAAAAUGGGCUGCCAGGAUGAUUUAGUGGGUUAGAAGAUGGGCUGCCAGGAUGAUUUAGUGGGUUAGAAGACGGGCUGCUGAGUUUUGAACCAUUUGGAGCUUAUGGAGGGAGUCUGUGUUCGUGCCGGGGAGUAGAGUUGCAAUAGUCUAUUCAGGACAAGAAGAAAGCAUGGAUGGGAGUUCCGGCCGGCAGGACAGGAGAGGGAGGGGCUGACUUUGGCGAAUUCGCCUAAGUGGAAUAAUUAGUUUUUUACAGUCUGAUGGAUGUGGUGGUUGAGGGAUAGGGUCUUAAAGUAGACAAACAUACAUAUUUCUGUCCAAAUACCUUUCACAAUUGCCUCAUACAACCGUUGGAUUGAUGCCAUUGAGGUCUGGUUCAUCAUACCACUGUGAGGACACAGUGCAGUUGACGACAAAAUGUUACCCUUCUUCCUCUUGCUGAGGAGUAGCAGGGGGUACACUCCUAACUUGUGGAACCUAUGUACCUGGGAUCAUUGAUGACAAAAUAACUUCCAGAAACACAACAAAUAUCAGUCAAAUAAUGACAUUUAGAUUUACAGUCAAAUGACAACAACAAAUAAGUGCAUAGGGCCUAUCAUUUCCCUAAGCAAGAAAUGCAUAAAUAUUUUUAGAGGAAAACAUAAUAAAGCUUACCAGCUUGUUUGCUGCAUUAAUCAAGGUUGCAAAUCUUCCAUAUUUAAUAGUCUUAGUUGCCCAUUCAUCAGUAGCCUUCAUUUUCUGGGCCUCUAACUUCACCUUCAGCUGUAUUAAUGCACCACAGAACUUGCACUUCUUUGAGGCUACUCCUAUUGGUGUUUUACAGCUAGGACACAGCUUACGGCUGGAGCCAGGAGCCAUUCUGAAUGAAAGGUGGAUAUGAAAGUGUCAGAAAGAAUAGCCCUAUACACAUCACUUUGACUGAUGGAAUGCACCAGGGAGGUCCACUCUGGCAAUGGGCUUGAAUUGACAAGGAUAACUACAGAUUGUGAGAAAAAAACUAUACUAACAAUAGCAAUUAAUAAAGAGAGUUUGGCCAACUAAGGAUCUGACGUUGAGUUCACAUUAAACAUCAAGCCCUGACCCUUCUCAAACCCACUAAAGAAGUGCUGUGUGUGUGUUUGAAGGUGACAUGGGUUUCAAUGACUCAAUCAUAUGGGUCAGAUCUGAUAAUGGACCACGCCUAGUAAUAAAACUAAGCCUGAGGCUUUAACAUGCCACACUGUAACGUAAUGUGUCAUACUAACUGUUGACUACUAUUGUAACCUAGAUGUAGGCUACCAGCCAUAGCCUCAGGUGCACAGUGCAAUGAGUGUCGUUAGUUGACAGAUUAAACAAUACUUGGGCCAGUGGGAUUUGGUUGCUUAUUUUAAGAUACAAUUUUUGAAUAAUCUCCUCCAGUUGGUUGGCAUUUUAAAACUACAACCUGGUUUGUUUUUGAAAACACAAGAAAUGGGAAGAAAGCUGAAUUAAAAGAGAAAAAGUUUCCACUUACUUAAAAUGCAGCCAGAUGGAUAGAUCAAGAGAUCUGUACAAAGAGGAUGUAUAGAAAGAAAGAGAGAGAUAGAGAGACUAAAGGUGUCAGCCGUAGGUGUGAGUUGUCUGAAUAGAAGGGUGGUAGGUGUGAAGGGUCUUUAUUUGGAGCUGCAAAGUAAACAGAAUAGAACAAGUUUAGAAUUUUAUUUCACAGCUGUAUAUGUAGGAUACUUAUUUUAAUAAAAAAAUGUAACUCAGCAUUAAAAUGUACUUAAUUAGUAAGUGGAUUAUAGCACAAAAAAUACAGGUGGUGUACAAAAAUGUAAAGAAUGUGAAUGAUGGAUAACAAGAUGACCAUUCACUGUAUAUGGGAGCAUUGCUGUCUGGUGGUCCCAAUUCAUCCAUUGUUUGGAAUUGUUUUCUCCACAAGAUCUAAAACUGUCUAAUUUAGAAAGACUUUGCAUAGACAAGUUGAACUAGCUCUAAUAGGCAGGGGUGUCAAACUCAUUCCACAGAGGGCCAAGUGUCUGCUGGUUUUUGGUUUUUCAUGUCAAUGAACACCUGGACAACCUAACCAGGUGAGGGGAGUUCCUUAGUCAUUUGUGACCUUCAUUUAUCAAUCAAGGGUGGAGCAAAAACCUACCGACACUCAGACCUCCCAUGGUAGGAGUUUGACACAUGUGGAUUAAAGUAAUUAACCACUCAAACUAGUUUAAUCAGGUGUGUAGAUGUUGCCCAGAACAAAACCCUGCGCCCACCAUUGAACUCCAUAGACUGUAGCCUAGCUCGCUAGCUAGCUAAAGACAGCUAGCUGAACUGUUGAGUAGGCCUAUAGCUAAGAUUUUGAUUGAAAACCUUGACAGAUCAGUGAAAAUGCAUAGUGGUUUGAAAAAUGUCGUUAAAAUCAAUCUCCAUAACAUUACAUACUAUCGAUUACAACCACAUGGUUUAUUUGCAUCCUUCACUUACCGGGAAAGAGAAUGAUCGCUUGGGAGGAUCGGGUACGUUCCAAGUUGUCUUCUUUGUUGAAGUCAUGGUGCGCAUUUGUGUUGUAGGUCAAAUUACACAGAUUCUGCACAGAAUAAGAAUAUACAUUCAAACUGCCUGGAAAAGCGUUUCUAAGAUUCAUUUAAUUUGAUAUUCUUAUAUAAACUGAACAACACAGAAAGUAACCUCCCCUGCAGCCGAUUGUGUUGACGAGCUGGAACGCGCUCCGCAUUACAUGGGGUUGAAGUUGCAUAUGUACAGUACUGAUCUUGGGUCAGUUUUCCGUUAUUUUCUCGUACGACACGGGGAGAGAAACCCGCAAGGGUUUUGAUCGGCCAACAUGUUUUCCGACUGCAAUGAGCGCAACACCAAAAAAUAUUAAGUGAAAUCAAGCAUAGAAAACAGUAUUUGCCAUUGAUAAUGUAUUUCAAUGUUCCCUGGCAAAGAUCCCAAAGAGUGCCAUUACUUUGAGUAAUCUCUGAACGGUUUCAAAAUGCCUACCUGUUGAAUAUCAUCUUGUCUGCAGCAAAUAAAUGUAUGGUUUAGUCUCCCACUCCACUCCAUGAAGAGUGGAGUGGGAGACUAAAUACAUUUCUAAAAUGUUAUGAAUAAAAUCGUGUAUGGUUGCCUACAUGAAAAAAAGGCGUUCUGAUUACAAGUGCACCAGUAUCCAAAGUCUUACGCGAAAUCAAGCACAGAAAACAGCAUUGGCAUUAAUAAAACAAUAUUUCCCACGAAUUAAGUCGCACGUAAAUGUGCGUCUUUUCUCAAAAAUUGUGUUCAGCAAGUCUAAAACAGUACAUAGAGGCAGAAAAAAGACACAUUUUAAAACAUGGUUAAACAAAGACAAAAUGUCUGUAUAUUCAUGACGUUGAAUUAGCCAUUAAGAAGAACAAAAAUGAAAUAUAAAUUAUCGCGUCUAUAUGGUUGUUGCAAAGGCUUGUGUCGCCUACUGGUUACAUUCGUGUCUUUUCGCACGAAUUAAGUAGCACAGAAAUUCGUGUAUUUUCAAACGAAUUGAACCACCCCAAAACACCCCAAAAAUGCACAAAAACGCACGAAAUCUGCUGAAAUAAAUUUUGUACAUAUAUGCGCGAAUUGAAUGUGAGACUGUGUUAGACCUACAGAGCUGUUGCAAAAAAGGAAAUGGAUUUUCAAAAUGUAGUUGUCUUUUUAAAACAUAAAUACAUUCAUCAAAAUAACACGACUGCUUGCAACAACAAAAAAGAUUAACGCGACUAUACUUGUCUCUUGUGUCCAAGCGGACAAAACAGGAAGUUAGUUUUGUAUUUUAAAAAUCCCAGUAGAUCUAUACAUUUUCUUUGCAGUCACUAAAAUCAUGAUGAUCAAAAUUGGAAGUGCAACUAUCCAAAGGUACAGAAUUAUGGGAAAUGACUCAUUUUAAGCAUAUUUCACCAACCAAUAUUACAAAUCAAAUUUGAUACCUGAUUUCAAAACGAUAUUUCAAAAAUAAGCAGAUUGUGUGCCUGAUUCAUUCAUCAGUACCAUCCCAAUCCAAUUCCAUGUAUUCAAUACAUGGCUGGUUUGCUCUUUGUUUUGUCGACUUUCCAUUGGCGUACAGAAACACAAUCCACAACAGAGCUAAGGAAAGGUGGAGGAACACAAGUUCAAGUGCUUAAUUUGAGCCGAAUCCUGUCGGGACAAGAUCCGGCACCUCUACGUUUUGGACUGUUUCGUUCCGGACCCUAUUUGGCCGGAUCUGGUACCUCUCGUGGCAUGAAAAAUAAGUGUCACUUUUUACAAUGUAAAGUUCUAAUAAACACGAACAAAGUUCA